GGUAUCAAAAUUGUAUCCAAGACGUCGUGAGAUAGUUCGAUCAAUAUUAUGAAUAUUAUAAUUAUAAUAAUUAUAGUAUUAUUUUGUCCUAUUGUUACACAAUUGACAUGGCUUUUUGGUACUUCACUCAAUCCAUUCUCACCUCCUACUUAUAUACCUCCCUUCUUUCUUCUCUCCUACUUAUAUACCUCCUCCUUGCAUCUCUCCCCAUUUAUUCUUCGCAUAAAGUUCUCCUUAGUUCAUUCAUCCAUCUUCCUCCAUUUUCUAAUAAUACAAUCAACUAGGCGAAUCCAUUGAAUCAAACAAAAUGGGUAUAUGCAAUUCGUGUGAAUCUACAUCUGUUGCUACGGCAAAAUUAAUACUACAAGAUGGAAGAUUACAAGAGUUCUCAUAUCCCAUAAAAGCUUCAUAUCUCUUACAAAAAGAUCCAACCAUUUUCAUUUGUAACUCGGAUGAAAUGGACUUUGGAGAUAUGAUUUCCGCCAUAAAUGGUGAUGAAGAGCUUCAAUUAGGUCAACUGUAUUUUGCUCUGCCUUUGAAGAGGCUAAGAAGGAGGCUUAGGGCGGAUGAAAUGGCAGCGUUAGCAAUGAAGGCUAGUUCUGCGUUGAAAAGAAGUAGUAGUAGUUGUUGUAGAGAUAAAUGUGGGUGGCGUAAUAAGGAGUUUGUAUUUUUUGAAGGGAAGGGCGGUUGCAAAGUGGCGAGGAAAGUGGCAGAUGGUUCAUUGAGAAAAGGGAGGAAUAGUGGUGGUGGUAGUGGAAGGAGAGGGAAGCACACAACGAGGUUGAGUGCAAUACCGGAGUAGGAUAAAACCUUGUUUUGAUAACUUUUUGUUCUAUCGGGUAAAAAUACCUUUGCAAGAAGGAUAAAAUAGUUGAGGUGCUCGCGAAUAGAUCAGAACGUGGCGGUCACAGAAAAGAAGAAAGGUAUUGUGGAUAGGAUUAACCUUUCGGUCAUUGAAAUUAUGUAAAAAGACAUAUUUUGAAAGGAUGAAAAUUGGAGAUUGAUCUUGGAAAACGCGCGAGAUGAAAUUACAAUUGAUUUUGGAGGUGUUGGAAGCAACAUCCGAAGAUCAAUCUGAUCCCUUGCAUUAGAGAUCAGAGAAGGAGAAGUGAAAAAGGGUAAGGAAAGUUGUUGUUCGUGAUGUGAAAGAUUUUCACUCAUAUCACUAGAGUAGCAAUAAUUGUUAAUCUUUGGAUUACGGUGUUGUUCAUUUUAUUUGUAAAUAGUAGGUUUUGUAAAUACGUUGAGAUUCAAUCUUUUGUAAAUACGUUGAGAUUCAAUCUCUAUUAUUUGGGUGAUUCAAAAUUGGUGUU